CUUUGACGUAACGGCACAAUAAAGUAGUCGCUAUAUAUCUGCUCGCUCACAGAAAUUUUAGAAAACCGUCUUGUCGUGGCAGGGGACGUUUAUACAUGGUUAUCCAUCACUUGGAAUACGGACAUUUAUAGGUCCCUCACCACAACACAUUUUCAGAAAUGACCUGUGUUCAAAGUCAACAUGGAGUCCAGACCUAUGAGAGCUCCCUCUUCAGCUCAGAGUUUUUGAAUCCUGACUUCACCUCCAGGUUGGCCAUGGAUGUGACUGACCAGCGGGACCAGCUCUCCGCACCCUCCCUACCCAGCAUCACCUCUCUGGUCGGAGGCUACGUUGGGGAGUUUGAUACCUACUCAUGCCAGAUCGCCACAGGUGCUGCUUCUUCCUGUCCGGGCGGCACCUCCAGGCAGGACUUGUUCAAGCUGGACGACCUCCAGGUGUACGGCUGUUACCCAGGCACGUUCGCUUUUAGCUACCUAGACGAGACGUUGUCCUCUCCAGGUGGGUCAAACUGCUUUGGAAGUCCAGCAUCUGUGCCCUCACCCUCUACCCCGGGAUUCCAGCCCAUGUCUGCCUGGGACAACACCUUUGGUCCCUGCUCCCCCGAUGAGGGCUGCUGGGGUUCAGAGAAGCCUCUGAACCAGGCCGCCACUUUCUUCACGUUUGGACACGACGAGCUUUCUCCUUUGGGACAGCUGCAGCCACAACUCCCAGAUCAGGAUCCCUUCUCCCAGUCCCAGCAACACGGUUCUCCACUUCCCUUCAGCCUGGAGCAGGGCAGUCGGGAUGGCUCAGGACUGAUGGACAGACACCUGUCUCCUAAAGUAAGGAGCCCCACAGGAAACGAAGGGCGCUGUGCAGUGUGUGGAGACAACGCUUCCUGUCAGCAUUAUGGGGUGCGCACUUGUGAAGGAUGUAAAGGCUUUUUCAAGCGCACAGUACAGAAAAACGCCAAGUAUGUUUGCCUCGCCAACAAAGAUUGCCCAGUGGACAAAAGGCGGCGAAACAGGUGCCAGUUCUGCCGCUUCCAAAAGUGCCUAGCUGUGGGGAUGGUGAAAGAAGUUGUGAGAACAGACAGCCUGAAAGGUAGAAGAGGUCGUCUGCCAUCCAAGCCAAAAGUUGCUCAGGACUCACUGUCGGUGUCUUCGCCUGUAAACAUCAUCGCCUCUCUCGUCACUGCCCAUAUUGACUCAAACCCUGCCAGUGGAAAUCUGGACUAUUCAAAGUAUCAGGAAUCGGUAUCCGGAUUGUCUGAGAAGGAGGAUGCCAACGACAUACAGCAGUUUUAUGACCUGCUAACAGGGUCAAUGGAUGUGAUCAGGAAGUGGGCUGGAAACAUCCCUGGAUUCAGUGCCUUCUGUAAGGAGGACCAAGACCUUCUUCUGGAGUCAGCAUUUGUUGAGCUCUUCAUACUUCGGCUAGCUUACAGGUCAAACCCUGAGACAGACAAACUUAUUUUCUGCAACGGUGUGGUUCUGCACCGGACGCAGUGCGUACGAAGUUUUGGCGACUGGAUUGACUCCAUUAUGGAGUUUUCUCAGAGUUUACACCGCUUGAAAUUGGAUGUAUCGUCUUUCUCCUGUCUUGCCACACUGGUCAUAAUCACAGAUCGACACGGUUUGAAAGAACCCAAACGGAUCGAAGACCUCCAAAACCACCUGAUCACGUGUCUCAGAGAUCACGUCUCCACAAGUACCCCUGAGGCCACCCGGCCCAACUACCUGUCCCGACUCCUGGGCAAACUUCCAGAGCUGAGAACACUGUGCACCCAGGGCCUCCAGCGAAUCUUCUAUCUUAAACUGGAAGACUUGGUCCCACCUCCACCCAUUGUGGAUAAAAUCUUCAUGGACACGUUGCCAUUCUGAAGAGGCUUUAUAAAUGGACAACUGGAGUGACUUAAACAGAUAAAAGAGAUGGAGCUCUUAAGGGUUUGACUAGUCAAAGGACUUUAUUGCUUACUGUUCUCUGCUUUCUUGGAAUGGAAUCAGAGAACGAUUACAUUCUACUUACGCCUGCGUUUGGAGAUCACAUAGUCUUCAACAUUGAACUCUCUAAGAGACAUAUAACGAGAAUUAUUCAUUUGGUUGAACUUGUUGGUAACUCUAAACAGACAUGGAGUUUCAAAUCUUAGUAUACUUUAGCUGAAAUGGUGGCUUCAGUCAGUAGCAUGUCAGGUCAGUGUUGCAAAACAAGAAGCUCAAAUGCUCUACAUGUGACUUCUAGAUGAAAGAAGUCCCAUCAGUAUUACAGCUAUGUUCAGAUGGCAUAUUCCACAUAGACAGCAUCCAAGAAUCCAGUAAAACAUCUCCAACUUCAUGUUAGAAAUGCCAUGGACCAAAACAGGGAGUACAAACAGCAUUUACUUGGAUGCUUAAAUUAUCAUACAAAGCCUUAAAUACGCUGAAGUCUCCCUUAAACAUGCUCCAAAACAUGCUUACACUGAAAACAGAGAUUUACUGUGUUUGAGUACAGGACUGAUUUGAGUGCAUUGGAGGACUGUGGUACACUUGUCUAAUGUUUCAGAUCCAGUGACACUAGAAACUUUAGUGUAUUUUAAGAGUCAGUAGUUUAUAUAAAAGAUUAAAAAGUCACGGGAGAUCCAGUGCAGCUACUGUACAUGUACCAUGUACAGCCUCUUACAUGCAAAUACUUUAAGUAUUAUUACAGACGCCUGACUUAGUUUAGUGUACCAGUCAAACCUUAGAGUAAUUAUAUUUGUAUGUAUGUAUUUUAAAGAUGUAUAGGUAUGACUAGAGCUUCUGCAGACUGUAACUUUUCUCAUAAUGACAAAAUCAAGAUCGGGCAUUCUGAAAUUUUUAUUUUUUACAUAAAAUGAGAGGGUAUUGCUUAUCUUUCAUUGAUUUUGUGCAGCUCUCUAAAUAAAUUUGGAACAGAAAUCAUCUUGGGUGCUAUGAAACAUUUCUUUACAUCAUUUAGUUUAUCGAUAAAGAGGCUAUAGCAAGAUCUGCAUGGCUUUUCUUUCAUUUAAAAAAAAAAAACGCGGUUAAAGGGUGGUUUCUGUCAUCAUUUGCUCACCAUUCCAAACCUGUGUUUUUCUUUCUUCUUUGAAACAUAAAAAAGUGUUAAGCACUUCUAGCUUGUAUCCUGUGGGCCUCAUUUAUAAAAUGUUGCAUAACAUUCUACAUGCGUACAUGUGAUUCUGAGAAAUGAAAAUUUGCACAAAAAAUGUGCAUAUGACUCUCAUCCAGAUGAGUCAUCUAUAAAUCACAAAUGAUCUUGAAAUUGUGUGCAGCUGAAUGGUGUCAGAUCUCUGCCCUGUAAAUGCCCCCUAAUUAAUGUCAUCUGCAUAGAAACAAGCACCAGUCAAUGUCCAAAUCCUUUACUUGAGAACGCCAAGCGGCAUGAAUUGCUUUAGAUUUCCAAAUACCUGCAGUACUCAACUCUGCCACAAGGAAAUCAUGUACGCCCACUUAGAAUCUGAUCUGGCGCGAAGCAA